AUGCCUAACGCAAGAAAGAAGAAAGCCGCCAAAAUGGAGGACUUCAAGAAAAAGAAGCUCAAAGUAGGCAAGCAAAAGUCUGUGCCCGACAACUUUACAGACACCUCCUUCAAAUCAAAAAGCAUUUCUCUUCCAAACCAGAGUAUCAAUGAGGACAAAUCACAUGAAAUCACUACCAGCAGAAAUCUGACAUUGGCUGAUCUGGUUGUUCAAUUAAAGCAUUACAAUGCUGGUGUAAAGAAAGAGGCAUUGUCGGGUUUGACAGACAUUUGCCACAGCCAUCCUGCUCUUUUAGUGUCUUCUUUGGGUCUUGUUGUGAAUGGUGUUCUCAAGCUAUUCGUAGACGACGAUAGAGAUGUCAGAAAGGCAACACUGAAUUAUCUCAAGAGUACAUUUGUGGAUAUUGAUCAAGUCGAAUUACAGCCCUUUAUGCCGCUUUUGAUUAUCUAUACCUGUUCAGCCAUGACCCACAUCUUUGAAGAUGUCAGAUUAGAUGCUGUCAAGCUGAUGGAUUUAUGGAUACACAUUGCACCCGAUGUCAUUGUUUCAAAAUUCUGGAAUCGAGUUACCGGCAACUACAUGAGUCUUUUGACUGUGGACUCAAACAGUAUCAGCAAUAGUACAAACGCAACCACAAGUACAGGAGCCACAACAACAGCCAGUGUCAAGGCAGCAGUGACCAAAUCUCACUUACACAUCCACAAGAAUAAAUUGGGCCUGUUCACCAGUUUAUCGAAAUUUUUAGAGGCAGGCCUUUCAGAACACGAUAGAGAUGAUUAUUGGUUCUUGUUGAACUAUUUGGACAACAAACAUGCUAGAGAUGCUUUCAAGAUCAAGAUGGCACAAUAUCACACUGUAGACACAUCAAAAGUAGCUGUUUGGGACAGCAAGCACAAAAACCAGCUCACACCAGCUCAUGCUAUGGUUGCAUCAGUGGCACCCUAUUUGUCUGAAGGCGCCAAAUUGGCUACAUUCUCUCAACUGCAUUUGUUUGAGUCAUCAGGGCCCAAGAAUCACAGCGGUGGCGCUGCAACUGCAAGCAGUGGUGGUCAAACUGCCACUUCAGAAAUCAACAACAAUGAGUUUAGUGCAGAAGAAAGAUUAAGCAACAUCAAGCAAUUGAUCGAGACAUUCCAGCCCAUCUUGGUAGCAUCUUGGUUAGAAGCAGCUCCCUCUGUUUUCAUUUCUAUCAGCACCAUCUCCAUGACACCUGCACUCGAACUGCUGCAUGAAAUCCUCAAGCUCUCUUUGGUCUUAUGGCGUGCUAUGGUGGGAUCCGAGAUCAUUAGCACACUUCCUAGAGAUUGGUUGAAUACACACUUGCAAUCUCUAUUGAAGCAUUUCACAGUCUACUUCCCCUACGGUGCUGAUUCAUUCGGAAACCGUGGAUCCAAAGUCGAUGACAUGUUGCAAGAGAUGAACAUUAUGCUCUGUGAAUUAACUUCAUUGUAUUUGUUGGCAAGAACCAUGCAGACAAAUAACGUGUCUCAACUCAAGUUAUCAGAGCGUCAGCUGAAGCGUAGAAAGUUAGCUAUGGAAGAGGAGCAGGACGAUCAAUUGCCUGACUGGGCAGAGACAGUGGUAGGCCAUGUUUUGGGUGCUUUGGGCUUGGAUGCUGAGGGAAACUCUGUAAGCACAAAUUCGAGCUUCAGAACUGAAAAUUUGGUGUCCUUAUUACCAGCUAUCUGGGGCUUUUUAAAUUGCUUGAAUUAUGAAGAGAGCAUCACCAUGUUCAAGGCUGCAUUGAGUUAUUAUCAUGCUUGUCAGCCAAAUUCAUCGUCCAAAAGAGUGAUGCUGGACUUUAUUACCCGUGCUUAUAUGAUUCAAUCAACACCAAGUUACAAUGGUCGUUUUGUUAUUACAAAGCACUCAGAACUAGCUAACAUGCUGCAAGAAUGGUUCCUGAGUCUGCCCAAGGUAUUAUGGCAACUACGAUCUAAUUACAUUGAAACCAGCAGAUCCAUUUUGAACAUCAUGUGCGAUGUAGCCAAGCGAAGUGACAAGGAUGUAUUCGACAUGUCGACAUUAUUAGAGGUUGAAACAAAGCUUGUACCCUUCUUCUUUGUGAAUAUUGCUAAAGGCCCUCUUUUUGGCCCUUUCAGUGAAUUACCUGCCGAUGUGCAACAGCGUGCAUUGGACUAUGUACAAUAUAUUGAUAGUAAAUCAGAGAAAAUGGCUCAUGCCAUUCAACAAUGUAGAGAAAAACAAACUAGCAUUGGAUUAUACGUUGAAUAA